UAUAGAGAAUUAAUUUUACAAAUGGAAUGUUUAAGUUUUAAUACAUUUAAAUUUAAAAAUAUUUGUAAAUCACAGAGUUGAAAUAUUUCUAUUGAAAUAUUUAAAAUCCAAGUACUAAUCGUGUAAAGAAAAAGCACAAAAAAUAAUAACACACUAAACUACGCUCAAUUUGUAACACGCACACAAAAUGCAUAUCGAAGACUUGAAAAUAAUUAACACUGCUUUUGUAACAAAUAUUUAAGCAAAAGUAUUUGCCACUUGAUAAUCUACAAACGCGACGAACACGAACAUCGCAAAACUUCUCUACAUCGAAGUGAGAUGUUUACGUGCGAGAAUGUACUCAUAGUGCCUUUAGUGCUGCUGAUUGCAGGCUGAGCAGAAGCACCGCCUCACGUGAACUCUCAACCCUCGAAAUGCUAAGUGAUCGUCUUAGACUGACUCGUGUUUAGUGCUAAAAAUUGAAAUAGGCUGUAAAACUGACAAUUAUUGUGAUCGAUAUAUUUUUUCUUUGAUUGAAUUCGCACCAGCCCCAGCUUCGCAAAAAAUUGUCUGGCCCGAGCGAGGAAACACGCCCUCUCAAUCUAGUCCGCGUCCUCGUGCGAGUCAGUCGACUGGUACGUGGCAAUUUGUGACUACGAGGCCGAGGAUGAGAACGGACUCAGCCUCAAGGCUGGAGAUAUUGUCGAGAUUCUCGACUAUAAUGACUACGACCCUUCUGCAAAGAAGCCGCGUCUGGAAGAAGGCCUCGAGUCGUCCGGUCUGCUGGACACAUCGGCCGCCCGCCACAAAAUGGCCAUCCGGCCCAAGAGGAACCACUCGAAGCAAAAGAGCGAAGCUUUGGCCUCGACGGCGACAGCAACGACCACGGAAAUCAGAUGGCUGGCCAAGCGGCGAAUAGUCGGGGGCGUGGGCUUUGUGCCGCACAGCGUGCUGAGGCGCGGCGACGGCGAGCCCGAGGUCGAUUGCGAUGACCCCCUGGCCAUGCGGAAUGCCAUCAUCAAAGAGCUGAUUGAUACUGAGCAGGAACUGGGCCGUGAUCUCAACUACGUGGUGGACAAUUACAUCAAGCCUGUCGACCUGGGCACCGACGUGCCCCAGUGCGUCAAGGAGAAUAGAGACGUCAUCUUUUCAAAUUAUAAGAAAAUCGCAGAAUUCCACAACACAGUUUUUUACGAAGGAAUUAAGUACUACGCCAAUGAGCCCAAAAUGAUUGGAAAGGCUAUUUGCAGACUGGAGCGUGACUUUGACCUACACGUAGAUUACUGCCGAGAUGAACCAGCGGCGCAAGAGUUCAUCGAGGAAAACGAAGAGGCCAAGGAGUACUUCGCAGACCACGCAAAUCAGCUAGGGGACGACAAAACUAUAUCCGAGCACCUGAAACUUCCCAUUCAACGCAUCCACGACUACCAACUUUUACUUAAGGAACUUAUCAAGUACACAGCGCUUAUCAAAGAAGGGACUAAAGAUCUCGAGCGGGCUGUUGAUUUUAUGUAUGGUAUCCCCACGAAGGCCAACGAUUUAAAGUUCAUCAAUAGCAUUGAAGGAUACAAGGGGAGCAUCCAUAAACUAGGCCGUCUUCUCGCUCACGAGUGGUUCACCGUAACCGACGCGAAAAAGUGCUCCAAGGAGAGAUAUCUUUUCCUCUUCAAAUCCCGAAUACUUGUUUGCAAAGUUAAGCGGAUCUCCGACGAUAGGUCAAUUUUCAUCCUUAAGGACAUUAUCAAGCUUCCUGACUGCGAAGUCGUAGACGACGAGGAGGACCCUCUGACCUUCCAGUUGAUCCACAAGAACGCCUUCACACAUCCGAGGUACCCGCUCACGCUCAAGGCGCACGGACCGCAAUCGAAACCAGAGUGGAUCGAGUGUAUCAAGGCCUUUAAGGAGGACUCUGUUGCACUCAACGAGCACUUCGUCGACGACCUCAAGGUUGACGGUCUUGCCGACGGCGAGACAGCAGAAGAAGAAAGCUCCACCCAGAAGCUCUACAAAAAGAUCCUAGCGGAGCAAGAGCGAGAAAAGAAAAAGAGAGAAGCGCAGGCGGCUUUCGACGAAGCCACCAAGCCGAAGCCCAAACCGCGAGCAAAAUCGAAAACCCCGCAGCCCGAAGAAAAGCCCGCAGAAGAAGCAGCACCACCUGCCGAAGCACAACCACCUGUCGAAGGUCAACCGCCUGUCGAGGGAGGUCUUGUUCCCGAACUACCGACCGACUUCCGAGUGCCGACACCUGACGAAGCAGCCAACAUGUCUGAAACCGUCACAGUCACUUACCCCCCACCCCCAUCUCAGGUGCCCGUCGCGGGCGUCGGAGCUGGAGGCGACGAGAAGCCUGACCUUAGUCUUAACGUUAACUUGUCCAUCAAUGAAUCGAACCCUUCGACGCCAAGCUCGGCGCCCCAGACGCCCAUCAGAGAGCCCACGAGGCCUCGUUUUACCAAAACUAUCGAGCCAUUCUCUUGCGAGCCCGGUGAGACAACCAGGUUUGAAUGCACAGUCAUGCCCAGCCAAUACCCCGUGUUUAUCACGUGGCUCAAGGACAACAAGCCUAUGGACGAUGAACUGGCUGAUCGUGUGACCAAGACUGUUGAGCAAAACAACACCAAGUUUGUCCUGACCAUGCUCAACUGCCGCACAACCGACACUGGCACCUACACCGCCAAGGCCUCCAACAGCGAGAGCUCAGCCAGCUGCUCUGCAUACCUCUUGGUGCAAGAGAUGACACAAGAGGAGAAGGACAAGCGUGCCGAGGAGAAGGGCGCUCAGAUCCUGGUCAGAUUCAAGGACACCGAAGUGCUAGAAGAGACCUAUCUUAGGUUCUUGAUCAAGUCCAAAGGCGACCCUCAGCCAGCUAUCAAUUUCUACAAAGAUGACAUUCUCAUUACUCCUGACAACCAGCGCGUCAAGAUUGUUGAUGAAAGAGCCGACACCGGCUAUUAUGAGCUUGUUGUGCCCAUGGUGGGACCAGGCGAUGCUGGCAAAUACUCUUGCUCCGUGAUGAACAAAUACGGUGAAGACAAGUGCGAGGCCAACGUGAAGGUUGUCGCCGACAAGGAUGUCUUCAAAGGACUUGCUCAAGGUCCACCAGGAGAAAGUGCCGAGUUCAAGUGGCUGCGUGAUGGUCAGCCAUUUGAUCCCCAAGAGAGAUUCAAGGUUCAAUUCAGGGACGACGAGGACUCUUUGGCCCUCCUCUUCCAGCACGUCAAGCCAGAGGACGCUGGUCUUUACACUUGCGUCGCUUCAACUUCCUCUGGAAGAAUUUCCUGCAGUGCUGAACUCACUGUUGAGGGAUCCAUCAAACAGCUGCACAGAGAGCCGGAAAAGCCGAUUAUCACCACCGAGAACAAGAUUGCCCACGCCAACUUGGGAAGCUCGGCUAUGCUUGAGCUCAAAGUAUCUGGAUUCCCGAAACCACAAAUUACAUGGACCCACGAAGGCCAAAACAUCGACCACGGUGGCCGAUUCAGGUUCCUGCAUGAGGAUGACGAAACUCUGGCCUUGGUCAUCAAGCACGUCGAAGCUUCCGAUGGCGGCAUGUACAAACUUGUGGCCAAGAACGAAUUGGGAGAGUCCCAAGUGGACAUUGAGCUGUCUGUGAAAGCACCACCUAAGUUCAAGUGUAAAAUGGAGGAUCGCAAGGCCCUCAGCGACGAAACUUUGGUCAUGGAGGUUGAUAUUGAGGCCUGCCCAACACCAGACGUCAAAUGGUUCAGAGACGGAAAGGAACUUUUUGCCUCUGAGAGAAUCAGCUUCUCCAAGGAAGGCUCAAAGCACACGAUGACAAUCCUGAAGGCCACCAUGCAGGACUCUGGCACUUACUCAGUGGUCGCCACCAACGAGGUGUCCCAGGCCACCGAGUACUGGAAUUUGCUCGUCAGCCAGCCGCCUAAGUUCAUCAAGGGCCUGGUCAAGAACAUGGAGUGCAAGGAACAGGAGAAUGUCAGCCUAGAGGUCAAGAUCCAGUGCCAGCCAGCACCACAGGUCAAGUGGUACAUCUGCAAACCUUCCCAGUCUUCUCAGGUGAAGGAGUACAAGAUGGAGGAGAACAAGGAGGAGGUCAAGAUCGAUGGAAAACACAUUGUCCUGAGCCAGGAAGGCGAAACCUACAGCCUGAAGAUCAUCGGAAUGGCACGUGCCGAUUCCGGCUUCUACCGCUGCGUUGCUUCCAACGAUUUUGGCCAAAGCACCCAGGAUUGUGAAAUCAACGUCAGGGUUGCACCCCAGAUUACGCAGAAAUUGGCUGACUCAAAUAUCACAGAGGGUGACACUAACGUGGUGCUCAGCAUUGCAGCCAAUGCUCACCCCGAGCCCAAAGUCACUUGGUUCAUCAAUGAUUCUGAAAUCACUGAGAGCCGCACUGCUUUCGUCCAGUCCGCCAGCUUUGGAGUCUGGAGGCUCACUUUGAAGGAAGUGUCCACUGACAUGACUGGAAAGUACACGUGCAAAAUCAGCAACGAGUUGGGCGCCACUGAAUGCUCAGCUAACUACACUGUCCUAAGUAAGCCAAAGUUCACCAAGCCUUUGGCCGAGACAUCAGAAAUGGAUGAGGGUCAAACUCUCAACCUUAGUGUCACCGUCCAGGCCACACCUCCGCCAGCAGUCAAAUGGUUCAAGGAUGGAAAAGAAGUGUCGGCCGAUGCGCGCAUUAAAAUCACCAAAGAGGGAUCUGAGACUUACAAUCUCAGCGUAACACUGCUCAAGCUUGAGGACACUGGCAACUACGAGGUCAAGGCCACCAACGACCAGGGCACUUCGACCUCAGUGACCAGGGUUAACGUCAGCACGAAAGUAGUCAUCACAGAGAUAGAAGAAACGUCGAUCGUCGAGGAGGAGGAACAUGAAAUCACCACAGAAAUCAUUCAAGAAGACAUUUCGAUUGAAGAGGAGAAGCCGCAAAAGAAAGGUGCAGAUCUGCAAAUAGAAGAAAUUUCAGAGGGAAUGUUGUCCAAACCUAGCAAGGCCCAAAGGUCAAUUUCAGAAGUCGCCCCUCAGCAGGCCAAAUCGAAAGAGCUGCUGAGAAAGCACAGUCUGGACGUUGUAUGUGGUGUUUCCACUGAAACGCAGCACGAGCAAGAAGCGCGAGUUCCAGAUUCUCAAAAGGCAGUCAGGGAACUCGAAGAGGGCGAGGCCGAGGGCGAAAUUGACGAUUUAUUGCAAUGGGUGCAAAAGCAAAGAAGUGUGUUGGGUGAGAUCUUGGAACACGAGGAAGCAAGGGAUAAAGAGGCCUUCCCUAAAAUUCUUUCUCACAAUAUGGAGGAUACCAGGGUCUAUGAAUCUCUCAGCCACUACUUCGAAGUGCAUGCCGAUGGUGUUCCUAGGCCUGAGGCCAAAUGGACCAAAGACGGAAAGACCGUCAAGGCCAGCGAUCGCAUUCUGAUCACAUCCGAAGACACGGUUUACAAACUGGAAAUUCCCGUGCUUGAGAUGGAGGACGCCGGCGUGUACAAGUGCACGAUAAGCAACCGUUUGGGCGAAAAGUCGCAGGAGACCACUUUCGGCACCAUAAGCCAAAACGAGUUCCGCAAACCGACUAUCAACACUGACAUCAAACCCGUUGUCAUCAACAAGAAGGAGAAUGGAACUCUCACACUUAUGCUUGUGGCCGACCCUGUUCCCGAAAUCACUUGGUACCUCAAUGGAAAGGAAAUUUCUCCAGAUAAUCUUGACUACGAGAUGACCCUGGAGACCAAGGACAUUGACAACAACCUGAAGGAGUGCUACUACUCCAUCACUGUCCUCAAUGCUCUCCACGAACACACUGGCGAGUACACCAUUGCUGCCAAGAACAAGUGGGGCGAAAUGAGCACUUCGGCUCGUCUGGAUGUGUACCUCGUUCCGGAGAUUUCCCCUCUCAAGGACGUCCUCAUCAACCCCUACGACACCACGCAGUUCGAGGUGGUCAUCAACUCCAACCCCAAGCCCAAGGUCACUUGGUACAGGGACGAAGAGGUGGUCGGACCGUCGGAUCACACCCAGCUCAUUUCGGACAUCGAGGCUGAAAUUUACCGCCUGGUCGUGUCCAACAUCACCCUGGUCGACGCCGGUGUCUACAAAGUGGUCGCCUCCAACAGCCUUGGCGAGUCCUCUCAGCAAUGCACACUCAAAGUGCACAACGAAGCUCCGCAGUUCGUUAAUCCUCUCGCAGUCCAAACUGUCGCUGCCUAUCAAGACGUUGACUUCAGAGUUCGCUACACCGGCGUUCCAACAUCCACCAUUAAGUGGUACUUUGAGGGCAAAGAAAUCCUUACUGAGGGUAGAUACACCAUCGAGGUUGAUGACGAACACAUGGUCUCUAGUCUUAAGAUAGAAAAACUUGAAGAAUCUGACAUCGGCGUGUACAGCGUAACUGCAUCCAACUUGGCUGGCCAAGCCGAAUGCAGUGCCAUGCUGCAAAUGGCGCAAACACCACCCUCGUUCAUCAACUACAUGGACAAGUACCACGAAAUCGACGAGGGAGACGAUCUGUCCAUAAAGAUGAAGGUCGACGGCAGCCCCAUUCCCACCGUCAAAUGGUUCAAGGACAUGGAGCCGAUUUCUGGCGAGGGUCGCAUCAAACUCUCAACUUUGCCUGACGGAACGAUCGAGCUGACAAUUUCAAAGGUCAAACCGGCCGACUGCGGCGCCUACAAAAUCGUGGCCACCAACAAGCACGGAGAGCGAUCGGUGCUCACAGCUGUUGCUGUCACUCCCAUUGCUAGAAAACCCACUUUCGUGCAGCCUCUGGCUGACGUUGUUGGAAAAGCCGACGGUUUGGUCAAACUUGAAGCCCAAGUCAUGGCUUUCCCAUCGCCCGAAGUGCAUUGGUUCAAGGACGGCCAUCCUCUUCGCCCGCACCACAACAUCAAUUUCGUCAACUCGCCUGGAGGCAUUAUUGGUCUGCACUUUGACAAGGCCACACCCCACGACGCAGGAAAAUACAGCUGCACCAUCACCAACAGGCUUGGAGAAAUUGCUGCCACGGCCGUCGUCGAGAUUGAAGCUGCUGCUCGUAAGCCCCACUUCCAGGACGCUCUGCAGCCCACAAGAGUGGUGGAGGGAUAUCCUGCUAAACUCGAGGUCAAGAUUUACGGACACCCAAAGCCUGUUCUCACUUGGACCCACCGUGGAGAGGACAUUGUUGUGGAUGGAAAGCGCUACAAGGAGGUGACCUCGGCUGACGGCAUCACCUCCCUGAUCAUUGACAAGGUCAAGCCGGAGGACGCCGGCGAGUACGCGUGCACCGCCAAUAACGACCUCGGCUUUGAAACGUGCAAGAGCCGCCUGGAGGUCACCGCCAAAGAAAAGGAAAAUAUGCCCGAGGAGGUGCCAGUUUUCAUCCACCCGCUCAGAGACGCCAACAGCGAGGAGGGUGGCUACCUGACCCUGGAUGUGCCCUUCCUCGGCAACCCCAUUCCAGAGGUCGUCUGGACCAAGAACGGCAAACCUCUGGAACCUUGCGACAAGGUCACCAUUACCUGCGACGGAAGGAGGGUUGGACUGGAUGUGAGGCCGACAAACCUCGGCGAUAUGGGAAAGUACGAGUGCACUUUGACCAACCGUCUAGGCAAGGCCUCUACUGCUUGCAACGUGACUGUCCGCAAGGUCUUCCAGCCUCCAAAGUUCACUCAGACUUUUGGAGACUUGCAACAGUUGCCUAACUACGACGCCAAAUUCCUUGCGCGCAUCAACGGCCUGCCGACGCCAGAUGUCGUUUGGUCCAAGGAGGGCAAGGUGUUGCCAGGACGCGACACCGACAAGUACCAGGUCAAGAGGGACGGCGACGCCACCCUCUUGUACAUUCGCAACUGCACCGUUGAAGACAAUGGAAAGUACACUUGCACUGCCAAGAACUCUGCUGGCGAAAACUCUUGCACCGCUGGUUUGGAGAUUGUGGAAAAGAUUGGCAAGAGACACAAGGCAGAGCCUCCAGUUUUCUUGAAGAAACUGGGCGACUGCGUCGUGUACCAGGGAAUGACCGCCAGGUUCACCGCCUGCGUCACCGGUUUCCCGGAGCCAGAGUUGGAAUGGUAUCGCGACACCACCCGCCUGUUCAACAGCGAGCGCAUCAAGUUCGAGAAGGAAACUUCCGGACUUGUGCGACUUAUUAUUGAAAAGGUUGGGGAGGCUGACGUUGCUGUUUACAGACUGCGCGCCACUAACGAACACGGACAGGCAGAUUGCGAAGCAAAUCUUGUCUACGAUGCCCUCGAGGAGCAUCCCAACAAGAAGACCAUGAGCGAUCAGUACUCCGAGUACGACAACAUUCGCAAGUCUGGCGCUCCAAUGCCUUUGGCCGACCGUCCCAUUGUCAGCCGCAUGACCGACCGCAACCUCACUCUGUCCUGGAAGCCUUCCAUCCCCAAGGGACCACGCGAGCCAGUCACUUACCGGGUUGAAAUGUGCGAACUGCCUGGAGGCGACUGGUUCGACAUUCGCUCUGGAAUUAAGAGCUGUGCCUGCGACAUCCGCAACCUGGAGCCCUACCGCGACUACAAGUUCCGCGUCCGCGUAGAGAACAGGUAUGGAAUCAGCGAUCCAUCUCCAUACGCCAUCACUUACAGGGAGAAAUUGGAGCCCGACCCUCCGAAGUUCAUCCCCUACUUGGAGCCAAACCUCGAUUUCCGUCCAGAGACGUCUCCCUUCUUCCCACGCGACUUUGACAUUGAAAAGCCGCAAAUCGAUGGAUUCGCCAAACCACCAAAGUUCCUGCGCCAAGAGGACUACAACAAUCAAUACGGUGUCAAAGGUCACAACUGCCAGCUGCAGUGGUUCGUCUAUGGCUAUCCUAAGCCAAGGAUGUCCUUCACCUUCAACGACGAGCCUAUUGAAAUGGGAGGCCGUUUUGAUUGCAGCUACACUCGCAACGGCCAAGUGUGCCUCUUCAUCAAUAAGAUGAUGGACCGCGACUGCGGAAUUUAUGAGGCUUGUGCCGUCAAUGAGCACGGCGAGUCCAGGCAGAGAGUCAACCUGGCCGUGGCCGAGUAUCCCAGGUUCCUGAAACGACCUGAGGAGACCCUGAUUCUGGCCAGGAAAUCCGCUCGCAUUGAGGUUCGCGUGUCUGGCACGCCGUUCCCUGAAGUCAAGUGGUACAAGGACUGGCUGCCAAUUGCUGAGUCAUCUCGCAUCAAGAUUUUCUUCAUUGAGCCCGACACAGCCGUUCUCCAAAUCGGAGAAGCGAUGGCCAAGGACGAAGGUCUGUACUCGGUCAGCGCGCGCAACAUCGCUGGAAGCAUUUCCACAUCCUUCAGCAUCCACGUGGAAGAGAGCGAGGCAAACUACUUCUACUCUACCUACACCGGCAGGAUCAUCAAGGAGAUGAAGCCGCACAAGAACAAGUACAUCGAGGAGUUCUAUGACCUGGGCGAGGAGUUGGGCAGGGGCACUCAGGGCGUCGCUUACCACGCCGUCGAGCGCCUCUCGGGCCGCAACUACGCCGCCAAAGUCAUGCACGGCAAGCAGGACCUCAAGCCCUUCAUGCUCAACGAACUCGAGAUCUACAACCAGCUGAACCACAGGAAGCUGCUGAGGCUGCACGACGUCUUUGAAACAAAGAGGUCUUUGACACUCGUCACUGAGCUGGCUUCUGGUGGUGAACUGCUCGAGUCUCUGACCAAACAAGAGUUUGUGACGGAGUCCGAAAUCGCUGGCUACAUUCGCCAGGUGCUGCUCGGUCUGGAGUACAUGCACUCGCAAAACAUCGCCCACUUGGGACUUACACCUGGAGAUCUGUUGAUUUCCCACCCCGGCGGCGACGACCUGAAAAUUUGCGACUUUGGUCUGUCGCGCAAGAUCUACUUCUCGAAGCUCGCCUCCCUGCACUACGGCAUGCCCGAGUUUGUGGCCCCCGAGGUGGCCAACGGCGACGGCGUGCACAUGGCCGUCGACAUGUGGUCCGUGGGCGUCAUCACCCACCUACUGCUGACCGGCGUGUCGCUGUUCCGGGGCAAGCACGACCGCGACACCCUGCAGAAGGUGCGCGAGGGCAAGUGGGACGACAUCCACCUGAUUUCCAGGGACAUCUCCGAGGACGGCCGCGACUUCAUCCGGUCGCUGCUCAUGUUCCAAGUGGACAACCGCAUGGACGUCUUCACGGCGCUCAAGCACCCGUGGCUGGCGCGCGCCGACAAGAUUCCGCAGGACGAGCCGCAGCUGAGCACCGACGCCCUCAGGCACUACUACAGAGGUCUCAGGGACUGGUACUCGAACGCCUCCUGCCGCACCUGGUAUCGCCGCCGCCCUCUCGACGGCGCCGACACCCACCCCUCGUACAUGAUCUACCCGCCUGGACUCACCUACACGCCGCCACCCUCACCAAAGGCCACGCCCGAACGCGCCCUUUGGGAGAACAAGAUCGAGCCGAGGCCAGGGGUUGAUUACGAGCUCGGAAUGGUCAAGUCCGAGAGCCACUACCAAUAUGGUCCAGACACGUAUCUGCUGCAGCUGCGUGACGUUGACUUCCCUUGCCGUCUGCGCGAGUACAUGAAGGUGGCUGCCACCCGCAGCCAGGCCUUUGCCCUGAGCGACAUGCGCGACUGGAGGGCUCCGGUCAUCAGGGAGCGCCGUCGCUUCACUGACGUCAUGGAUGAGGAAAUUGACGACGAGCGCAAGGACCGCAUUGCCAAAUACGGCAGUGCCGACACCUACACCCUGCGCCGCCUGCGUCACGAACUGGGCACCCGUAUGGAAGGUCAGUUUGAGGCCGAGGCCAUGGUCGAGUCCAAGAGGGACGGCCAACCACCCUUCAUGCGCGAGAAGCCACAGCUGCUGCCCAUUUUGGAAGACAAGCCCGCCAAGCUGUCUUGCUUGGCUGUAGGAGACCCAAAGCCCAUCGUCCAGUGGUUCAAAAACGACAAUCUUGUUUCUGAGGGCAAGCGAGUGACCAUCACCGAAGACUCGCAAGGAAGAUCCAUCCUCAGUUUCGACCCUGCCAUGCCUAGUGAUGCUGGAAUUUACAAAGUGGUUGCUAGGAAUAGGGUUGGACAGACCGUGGCUAGAGUUCGGGUCGUUCUUGCUGGACCACCAAGCGCACCUGAUUCACCUGAGGUGGCUGAAAAGUCAGACACUGAAAUCUUCCUCAAGUGGAAGCAGCCGAAGGACGACGGCAACUCAACAGUUUUGUGCUACAGCCUGCAGUACAAGGAAGCAGACAAAGUAGAGUGGGUGGACUGUGCAUUCAACAACAUCGACCACGAGUACUUCCUGGUGCGCAACCUGGCGCCCAAGACCGAGUACCAAUUCCGUUUGGCGGCCAGGAACCGCAUCGGCUGGAGCGACAAGGGCGUCCCGUCGGCAAUCUUCAAAACCCGCGACGUUGGCGCGCCCAAGGUCACCUCCAUUUCCAAAGCCAUGCUCCACCUGCAGCAGUUGACCGAGUCCGGACAGAAGGUGCAGGGUCUGGAGGAGGAGGAGGAGUUGAGCACCCCCAUCCUGGACUAUUCCGUCGAGAAGAGUCCACUAACGUGGCGCGACGAAAACCCCGCCGAGAAGUUCAACUUCAUCUCCGAGAUUUCGCGCGGCCGCUUCUCCAUGGUGGCAAAGGCCAUCGAGAGGGAAACGGACCGCGUCGUGGUGGCCAAGGUGCUUGGCUGGACACCCGAGACCGAGCUGGACGUGCUCAGGGAGUUCGAGGCGUGGCACUCGCUGCGCCACGAGAGAAUCUGCCUUUUGCACGGCGCGUACCGAGUGGGCUCCGCGGCCACCUUCCUCCUUGAGAAGCUGCAGGGCUCCGACGUCCUCACCUACCUGGCCAGCAGACACGAGUACUCGGAACAGAUGGUUGUGUACAUCGUUCAGCAGAUCCUCGACGCUCUGCAGUACCUGCACUGGCGAGGAAUUUGCCACCUGGGCAUUGAACCUGACAACGUCGUCAUGGCCGGAGUGCGAUCGGCGCAAGUUAAGUUGGUUGAUUUCGGAGCAGCGCAACGAGUCAGCAAACUGGGCACCUGCGUUCCUCGCAGCUUUGCCACAGAAUUUUCAUCUCCCGAAAUCCUGAACAACGAGCCAGCGUACCCACAGAGUGACAUCUGGUCACUUGGAACAUUGACCUAUUUGCUCCUGUCCGGUGUUUCUCCAUACAGAGCAGCCACCGUGGAGGAGACAAAGGCAAACAUCACCUACGUCAGAUACAGAUUCGAGCACUUGUAUAAGGAGUUGACAUCAGAAGCAACUCGCUUCCUCAUGUUCAUCUUCAAACGCACGCCAUGCAAGAGACCCACAGCAGAAGAAUGCCAAGAACACAGAUGGAUUUUGCCCACAGACCAUCUAGUCAAGAAGAGAGAAAGGGCAGUCUUCUUAGGAAAUAGGCUAAAGGAGUUCUGUGAGCAAUAUCACGGAGAGAAAGUGAGGGCGGCGGCAGCCAUGGAGGAGCAGAGACCCAAGGCCAUUCCUGUCGAGGUCAAACUGGCCAGGUCGAUCAGCGUCCAGGAGGAGCUGCUAACACCAAACUAAAUUUUGUUUAAGAGACGGGCGGUAUGGGGGCAAAAUAAAAAAAACCUAAACAUGAUACCUAAGCUGGCACUCAAGACUAAGCAAACAGAUUUUUUUUAAACUAAGAUUUUGGUUCAACCAGUUGGACGGAUUUCACGAAUUAAGAAUUUUUAGACACCUCUCUCUGGUCCUGAUAUGUUUUUGUCUGGGGUUUGGUAUGUUAAAAAAAAAUUAUGCUGAAGCGAUCCUUAAAAUGUUUGUUUUGUUCCUAAUGAUGUUGAAAUUUUAUUGUAAAUAAAAAAAAUCAUGUUAAAUGCCAAA